CCAUGCCAAAGUCAAUGGCCGUGUUUAUCUAAUAAUUAAUAGACUGGUACACCAAGAUGGAAGCCUACCUGACAUAACUAUGAUGAAUUUAACAGCCAGCAGAGAAAAGGAAGAGGAUAAAAUGCUGGAAGAGGCUGGUGAGAAAAGAAUAGAAGAGCCAGAGGGGGAGGGAGGGAAAGGGAGGGUCGAAAAAGGAAAAGAAGAAGAAAAGGAAGAUGACAAGGAAGAUGAUGAUGAUGAAGACAAUGAAUCAGAGGAAGAAGAAACUACAGACUUAAGGAACAAGUGGCAUCUGGUGAUCGACCGCCUUACAGUGCUGUUUCUGAAAUUCCUGGAGUAUUUUCAUAAGAUGCAAGUCUUUGUGUGGUGGCUGUUGGAGCUACACAUCAUCAAAAUCGUUUCCUCUUACAUCAUCUGGGUCACAGUGAAAGAGGUGUCUCUGUUUAACUUUGUGUUUUUAAUUGCCUGGGCUCUUGCUUUGCCAUAUGCUCAGUUUCGCCCAUUGGCAUCAAGUAUCUGCACUGUUUGGACAUGUGUGAUUAUUGUCUGCAAAAUGUUGUACCAGCUCACUUCUAUUGAUCCCAGCACUUUUUCCAGUAACUGUACAUUGCCAGGAGAGAAUGAAACUAAGGUCAAUUUAGAAGAACUCAAAACCUCAGUCCUCUACAGUGGGCCAGUUGAUCCUGCAGAGUGGGUUGGAUUGAGGAAGUCUUAUCCCCUGCUUGUGUACUUAAGGAACAACUUACUGAUGCUGGCUAUUUUGGCUUUUGAAGUUACAAUCUACCGUCAUCAAGAGUACUACAGAUGUCGAAAUAAUCUUACCACACCUGUGACAAAAACCAUUUUCCAUGAUAUUACAAGAGCACAUCUGGAUGAUGGACUGGUAAACUGUGUCAAGUAUUUCAUAAACUAUUUCUUCUACAAGUUUGGUUUGGAGACCUGUUUUCUUCUGUCAGUGAAUGUAAUUGGUCAACGAAUGGAUUUUUAUGCCAUGAUUCAUGCCUUCUGGCUGAUUGCUGUAUUGUAUCGACGUAGAAGAAAAGCUAUUGCAGAGAUCUGGCCAAAAUACUGCUGUUUUCUGGCAUGCAUCAUUACAUUCCAGUAUUUCCUUUGCAUUGGCAUCCCACCUGCUCCUUGUAAAGACUAUCCAUGGAGAAGUGGUAAUGCCAACUUCAACUCCAACAUCAUAAAGUGGUUAUACUUUCCAGACUUCAUUGUGAGACCAAACCCUGUCUUCCUUGUCUAUGACUUCAUGUUGCUGCUGUGUGCAUCCUUACAAAGGCAGACAUUUGAGGAUGAAAAUAAAGCUGCGGUACGAAUCAUGGCUGGAGACAAUGUGGAAAUUUGCAUGAAUCUUGAUGCAGCAUCUUUUAGCCAGCAUAAUCCUGUUCCUGACUUCAUUCAUUGCCGGUCCUACUUAGACAUGUAUAAGGUGAUAAUAUUUAGUUACCUCUUCUGGUUUGUGCUUACUAUAAUCUUCAUAACCGGAACCACAAGGAUCAGCAUAUUCUGCAUGGGCUACUUGGUAGCCUGCUUUUAUUUCCUUCUGUUUGGCGGAGAUCUGUUGCUAAAACCCAUCAGGAGCAUUUUGCGUUACUGGGACUGGCUGAUUGCCUACAACGUCUUCGUGAUCACAAUGAAGAACAUCCUCUCAAUAGGAGCAUGUGGCUACAUUGAAUCAUUAAUUAAGAAUAGUUGCUGGUUGAUUCAGGCAUUUAGCCUGGCUUGUACAGUUAAAGGCUACCGUAUUCCUACCAACAAUCUAGAUUGUAAACUGCCCAGUGGAGAAGCAGGAAUCAUUUGGGACAGUAUAUGUUUUGCUUUCCUGCUGCUGCAAAGAAGAGUCUUCAUGAGUUACUACUUCCUACAUGUGGUUGCAGAUAUAAAAGCUUCUCAGAUCCUAGCAUCAAGGGGUGCUGAGCUUUUCCAGGCUACAAUUGUCAAGGCUGUAAAGGCAAGAAUUGAAGAGGAAAAAAAAUCAAUGGAUCAACUGAAAAGACAAAUGGAUCGCAUCAAAGCCAGGCAACAAAAAUACAAAAAGGGUAAAGAGAGGAUGCUAAGCAUGACCCAGGAGUCCUCAGAGGGGCCGGAGAUUCGGAAGGUUUCUGAAGAAGAUGAUGAAGGAGAAGCAGACAAAGAGAAAGCCAAGGGCAAAAAAAAGCUGUGGUGGCGGCCUUGGGUUGAUCAUGCUUCCAUGGUCAGAAGUGGAAAUUAUUAUUUGUUUGAGACGGAUAGCGAAGAGGAAGAGGAAGAGGAGAAAAAAGAAGAGGAAGAGCCUCGAAAAAAAUCUGCAUUUCAGUUUGUUUAUCAGGCCUGGAUUACUGACCCUAAAACAGCACUACGACAGAGGCGCAAAGAGAAGAAAAGUUUUGGGAAAGAGGAGAAGCGAAGGCGAAAAGGAUCUGGGGAUGGUGGCACCGAUGCAGACUGUGAAGACAGUGAAGAGGAACCUGUCAAGAAGAAAUCUGAUGGACCAGAUAACAUCAUCAAGAGGAUAUUUAAUAUCUUGAAGUUCACUUGGGUCCUUUUCCUGGCAACACUAGACAGUUUUACAGCUUGGCUUAAUUCCAUCUCAAGAGAACACAUCGAUAUCUCUACUGUGCUAAGAAUUGAACGCUGUAUGCUGACCAGGGAGAUUAAGAAGGGAAAUGUUCCAACGCGGGAGAGCAUCCAUAUGUAUUACCAGAACCACAUGAUGAAACUUUCUAAGGAGUCAGGACUGGACUCAAUUGAUAAAAAUCCUGGUCAAGCUUCUGGUUUGCAAGCAUCUGAAAGAAUGGAUAGUUUAGAUUCAGCAGCUUCUCGUGACAGUAUCUCCAGCUGCUACACUGAAGCAACCAUGCUGUUCUCAAGGCAGUCAACCCUUGAUGAUUUAGAUGGACCAGACUCUGUUCCUAAAACAAGUGAGCGCGCUCGACCUAGGCUUCGUAAAAUGCAGAGCAUGGAUAUGUCCUCCUCAUCAGCUGACAGUGGCAGUAUAGUGUCAAGUGAACCUACACAGGUCACCAUGCUCUAUUCUCGUCAGGGAACAACAGAAACCAUUGAGGAGGUAGAAGGGGAGCAUGAAGAAGAAGGAGCUCAUUCUGCAUCAAGGCAGGAGGAAGAGGAGGUGGAAGAUUAUAGCCUGGAUUCAGAAGGAGCUGCAUAUACUCCUGAUACCGAUGUGCCCUUGUACUCUACUGUGGAUAGCAAUGCAGAAGCUCCACCUUCCUAUAGCAAAGCUGUCAGCUUUGAACACCUUCCCUUUGGCUCCCCAGAUGACUCAGCUGGUAAAAGCCUCAUGAUGGUGAGCCCAGACGACAGUCGGACCGACAAACUUAAUGAUACGAUUCUCCCUCCAUUGACACACGAGCUAACGGCUAGUGAGCUGCUUCUGAACAAGAUGUUUCAUGAUGAUGAGCUGGAGGAGUCAGAGAAGUUCUACGUUGGUCAGCCUCGAGUCUUACUUCUUAUUUAUGCCCUGUACAAUACGCUGGUGGCCCGGUCAGAAAUGGUGUGCUAUUUUGUGAUCAUCCUUAACCACAUGAUCUCUGCCUCCAUGAUAACCCUGGUACUUCCCAUCCUUAUAUUCCUUUGGGCCAUGCUGUCUGUUCCUCGGCCAAGCAAACGUUUCUGGAUGACAGCCAUUGUCUACACCGAGGUGGCCAUUGUCAUCAAGUACUUCUUCCAGUUUGGCUUCUUUCCUUGGAAUAAAUACGUGGAUUACACAAAAGAUAAACCUUACCAUCCACCCAAUAUUAUUGGCAUUGAGAAGAAAGAGGGUUAUGUACACUAUGAUCUUGUUCAGCUCCUUGCUUUAUUCUUCCACAGAUCCAUUUUAAAGUGCCAUGGAUUAUGGGAUGAAGAUGAGAAAGGAGACAGCUCCAGUAAUAAAGAGGAUACUGAUGAUGAGCUCUCUCUGACAGGAGGCAGGAGAGACUCUUCUUCCUCUUUGAAAUCUGUCAAUCUCGCAGCAUCGGUGGAAUCCAUCCACGUCCACUUCCCUGAGCAGCAGACUGCCAUCAGGAGGAAGAGCUCUAGCAGCGUAUCACAGCUUUCGCACAGGUCCAGCUUCUCCUCACACAGAUCUAAGAGAGGAAGUACCAGUACACGAAAUAGCAGUCAGAAAGGAAGCAGCGUGUUGAGCAUCAAGCAAAAAUCUAGGAAAGAGCUUCUUAUGGAAAAAUUUCGCGAACAAAUGAUCAAAGCCAAGGCCUUUACAAUUAAAAAGACUCUCCAGGUGUACGUGCCCAUCAGACAGUUUUUCUACAAUCUCAUUCAUCCAGACUACAGUGCGGUGACUGAUGUGUAUGUGCUGAUGUUCCUCGCAGAUACAGUGGAUUUCAUCAUCAUUGUGUUUGGAUUUUGGGCUUUCGGGAAACAUUCUGCAGCAGCAGAUAUCACCUCUUCAUUAUCAGAGGACCAGGUCCCAGAGGCAUUUUUGGUGAUGGUUCUCAUUCAGUUUGGUACCAUGGUGGUAGAUCGAGCACUGUACCUCAAAAAGACUGUCAUGGGAAAGGUCAUCUUCCAGGUCAUCCUUGUUUUCGGAAUACAUUUCUGGAUGUUCUUUAUCUUGCCUGGAGUGACAGAAAGGAAAUUUAGCCAGAACACAGUUGCCCAGCUCUGGUAUUUUGUGAAAUGUGUUUAUUUUGGCUUAUCAGCAUAUCAGAUACGCUGCGGAUAUCCAACUCGUGUUCUUGGCAACUUCCUCACAAAAAGUUAUAACUAUGUCAACCUGUUCUUAUUUCAAGGGUUCCGCCUGGUUCCAUUUUUGACUGAGCUGAGAGCAGUAAUGGACUGGGUUUGGACUGAUACCACUCUCAGUCUUUCCAGCUGGAUCUGUGUCGAAGAUAUCUAUGCUCAUAUAUUCAUCCUGAAGUGUUGGCGAGAGUCAGAAAAAAGAUAUCCCCAACCAAGAGGCCAGAAGAAAAAGAAAGUUGUGAAGUAUGGAAUGGGUGGCAUGAUUAUCGUCUUGCUGAUUUGUAUUGUCUGGUUCCCACUGCUCUUCAUGUCUUUAAUCAAAUCUGUUGCAGGCAUCACCAACAAGCCUCUAGAUGUAUCAAUCACAAUAACUCUAGGAGGUUAUCAGCCUAUUUUUACAAUGAGUGCUCAACAGAGUCAGCUCAAGGAUUUGAAUCAGACUGGUUUCAAUGCGUUUCUGGGAAGCUAUAGGGGUAACACUGCUGCUUUGCAGUUUCUAGAGGGCUAUGGAAAAGAAGAUAUCACUCUAGCAGAUCUAGAGGGAAAUUCCAACUCUUUAUGGACCAUUAGCCCUCCCAGUAGAGAGAAAAUGAUACAAGGACUGCUGGAUUUUUCAGCUGAGUUCACUGUAGUUCUUUCAUGGAGCAUUCAAAGAAAUCUCACCCUUGGUGCCAAAGCUGAAAUAGCAUCGGAUAAACUUACCUUUGUGCUACCAGAGAACACCAGAAGAGAUAUUGCUACAAUGAUGUCUGGACAGCAACUGGAAAAGGU